GUUCUUCUCGCCCUGCCACAGCAAACAUGGCCGCGCUGUUGAGAUCCGCCCGCUUGCUGAAGUUUACCCCUUCAGGCUUGCUUCAAAUCACAGGCACCAAAAGAACCGGGCCGCCGCUAAGUCGUCUGUACAGCGGUGCUCUCAGCGUGAGCAGGACGGGAGUUUUGAGCCGGCAGAGCCUCCCCGGCGUGGAAAGCACCUGCAGUCAUGCCGGGCGGCACGCAGCAGUUUGUGUGCGCAGCUACUCUGUCGCCACGCAGGAUAAGGAUGAGGUCAGCAAUGCGGUCCUGUCCAGGCAAGCCCAACAAUUCGACUGGGCCUUGGCCAAGCUGGACAACUCCGUGAGGAGGACUGGUCGCGUCACCAAGACCAUGCUGCUGCGCAUUUUCCACGACGUCUGCAGGGCAGGUUACCCAAGUAGUAACCAGGCUUUGUUGCUGCUGCGAAGCUGCGGCACCCUGCUCCCAGAGAUGAGCCUGCAGGAGCGCACAGAUCUGGCUCACCGCAUCUGGGAAAGGCUGCAGGAACUUGGUGCACAUUAUGAUGUGAGUCACUACAACGCCUUGCUGAAAGUGUACCUGCAGAAUGAGUUCAGGUUCUCGCCUAUGGACUUCCUAGACAAGAUGGAGGUCGCCAAGGUCCAGCCAAAUCGAGUUACCUACCAGAGACUCAUUGUUGCCUACUGCCAAACUGGAGACAUACAAGGCGCCGGCACCAUUCUGGGUUUCAUGAAGAGCAAAGACCUCCCCAUCACCGAAGCCGUUUUCAACGGCCUGGUAACAGGCCACGCCCGCUCAGGCGACCUAGAGAGUGCAAAGAACAUCCUGUCGGUCAUGCGGGCAGCUGGAAUUGACCCUAGUCCUGACACUUAUGUAUCACUGAUGAAUGGGUACGCUGAGAAGGGGGACUUGGACAGUCUGAAGAAGACCCUUGAGGAGGCGGAGAGUGCCAUCAGUCUGGUGGACCGAGACAUCUUGCAGGUGAUCUUCACGCUGGCCAAGGCUGGACAUCAGCAGUAUGUCCCUGAAAUGAUGGAGCACUUGAGGCAGGAGAGGGGCUACAUUCCAGAUGCGAUGAACUUGUGUCUGAGCCUCAUCACGCUGGGUCUUGACGAAACGGCCUUCGCCAUCCUGAAAACCUUUACCAUGGUGAAUCGGUACUCCAACAAUGAACCGGAGAACCAGGGAAACUUCUUCUUGAGGCACUGCAUCAACGUAGACACGCCGCUGGAGAAGAUCAGUCAUUACUGCAAAGAGCUGCAGGACUCCAAUAUGCACACACAGCCGCUCAGCUUCACUCUAUUUUGUGCUCUGGAGGCCAAGAAGAUAGAUGUGUCUCUUGAGCUGAUGAAGGUGAUGCAGGAACAGAAUUUCCCCAUCAAACCUCACUACUUCUGGCCCCUGCUGAUUCAGCAUGCCAAGGACCGCAACAAGACUGGUGCAGUGAUGGUGUUAAAAGUUAUGCAGCAGCUUGGGGUGGACCCUGACAUCGAGACUAUUUCCAAGUACUUCUACCCGGUCUUCCCCACCACUGAGGCAGCUCGACAGGCCUUAAAGGAUGCAGGCAUCAAUAUGCAGUUGGACAGCCUCCUGAUUUCGAAUAUUCGCUUUCUGGCUUCAAACAACUUGACCGAACUCUACGCCUUGUUGUCUGACCCUUCCCACCCCCCAUUGGAGAUGUGGAAUUUCCGCAACGGCCUCAUCCACAGCUUCAGAAAGUUUGAUGACAUCAAUUGCAUGGUCAAGCUCACCAAGCUCUUUUACAAUGACGAACGCUACAUCAAUAUUGCCACCAAAAGCAAUGCUGAAACGGUCGCUUACUUCCUUUACAAUCUGAUCGAGGGCAUGCAAGAGAGCAAGGUGCAAGAGCAGGAAGACCAACUGAGGGAUUACUUCAAACAACUGAAGGCGGAGAACAUCGUCAUUCCAGAUAGAAUCUGCAGAGGCAUCAGAAACAUCCUGGUUCCGUACAACGUUCCGGAUCUCAUCAAGGAUGUUUACAAUUUGGUGGACGGAAAGGACCUGUCGUUUUUUCCAGCGACCCCCCGUGUGACCGAUCUCGAGCCGAUGGAGCUUGAGAAUAAUCUAGCAGAGCUUAAAGCGAAAAACAAACCUUUGAGCUCCAAACUCAAGCAAACCAUCGUGGCCCUCUCGUCCGAGGAGAACAUGCAGCGUGCCCUGGAACUGAAGCAGCAAUACGAGGACCACAUGACAAAUGGGGCCUACGCCCUCCUCAUCAGCCUUUGUUGCCGCUGCGACAAUGUGGACGAGGCGAUGAGCCUGAAGAGGGAAAUGUGUCGCAAAGACUCAUCAGUGCUGCUGGAUGCGGGCAAAUACAUCAUGCUCGUCAAGCUCCUAGCCAAGAAUGACCGAUUGGAAGAGGCCGUGGACAUCCUGAAGGAGAUGAAGGAAAAGGACGUGGUCCUGAACGACAACCAUCUGAAUAUGCUCUUCCACACCCUCAACGCAGUCAUAUCCAAUGGCCCCCCCGCUGUCCAACGCCUCCAAGACACCAUCUUUACCCUCGGACUGGCCAAACCCAGCGGCAAUCUUUGCGCACCCCUGAUCAGUAGCCACUUGAACAGUGAUGACCUCCCCGGAGCUGUGGAAGCAUUGCUGGAGUGUCAGAAGCGCUACAAACAGGUUCCUCGCAUCCACGACGUCAUCGUUCGCCUGAUAGAGAAGGGGCACACGGAGCUUCUGCAGAAAGCCAUGGAUGUCGUGAGCCAAGAACGAGGAGAGAUGACAAUGCUUUACUACCUGCUCUUUGCCUUCUUGCAGACUGGCCGCUACCGUGAGGCUCGUAAGAUUUUUGAGACCCCUGGACUGAGGGCGAUACCAGCCCGCCUGCAGUGGUUUGCAGAGAAGUGCGUUUUCGCCCAACAGAUGGAGCCCUUGGAGCAGAUGGUGGACAUGACCUCUAAGUUGUUUGAGUGUGACCGUGACGAAAUGUACAGUUACAUCCUGCGUCUCUGCAAGGAUACCAAUGACUGGCAGAAGGCGGAGGCCGUGUGGACAAAGAUGCAGGAAGAGAACAUCAUUCCCCGGGAGAGGACGCUUCACCUGCUGGCCGAAAUCCUGAAGAAUAACGGCCAGGAAGUGCCCUUCGAGGUGCCUGAGACUUUUUUACAGUACGAGCAAGAGGCCGAGGGCACACAGCCUGCCAAACCAGCAGCACCCUUCCUCAAAGAUACCAGAAUUGAUUCCCAGUACCAAAUGCGAAUGAUCAGCCUCUGCAAUAAGGGAAAAACCAAAGAGGCCUUUGCGAUGCUGAAGGAAUCGGACAAAAAUGGUGUUACUUUGCGCUCCUUCUUCUACGAUUACCUGAUUCGUGCACUGCUGAGCGAAGGAUCCAUGGAGGACGCAAUGGUGGUCAGAGACAUUGCCCUGUCUCAUGUGCCAAGCUUCCAGCUGAGUGACACUGCCAACAAUUUGAUCGUCGUCACACUCAGCAAGAGAGGCCAGGCUAAAGACGCUUUGGAUACCCUGAAGUCCAUGCUACAGAAGGACCAAGUACCCUCGCAGCUUGCCAUUACCAGACUGGUCCAGAGCCUCGCCAGCCUAGGCGACUUGGAGGGAAUUAAGGAAGUGAGGUCGCUGACGGAGCAGCUCGGCACAGUCUUCAACCUGUUCAGCAUGGUGUUUACCAAAAAUAUGGCCCUGGCUCACAUCAAGAACGAUGAUGUGGAGUCAGCUGUCGAGAUGCUUGAAGAAGUUUACACCAGACCAGACACCAAAAACCCCAAUAUAUCCGUUGUGUUCCGGAAGAUUUUGAUUGAAGAAAACGACAAAGCCCUUGAUAAGUUGAGCGCCAUGGCUGAGCGGCUGGCCAACCACUUCGCCUGUUACAUACCGGCUACUAAUUUGUUCAUACAACUCAUGGAGAUGGACAAAGUAGAAGAUGCGAAGUUCAUGCUUGCUAGAAUUAACGCCAUAGCCGAGCAAAAAGAAGACCUAAUGUCAUACUUGGUGCGGUUGUCGCGGAAGCCAGGAAAGACGGGCAAAAUCAAUACCUUGCUGAGCCUGAUCCCGGACUUUGUUGAGAAGAAAGUGUUGUUCCCGUACAUGAUGAAAUGUCACGUCAAUGACAACGACUUGGCGUCGGCCAAAAAGCUUUACGAGCGCAUGCAGGAGGAGGGGGUUGUUGCAGACGAGCUGUCACUCAAACGCCUGGCCAUGUUGUACCGCAGGGCGGGAGAGACGGUGCCCUUCUCCGAGCCCCCCGAGUCCAUGAAAUUCUACUUGGACAAACUGAAGGAGAGUGAAGCCCAAUCUCAGCCUGCAGAAGAAUAAACUCGCAAUUUCCAUCACAUCCGCCAUCUUUCUUUUCAUGUUUUUUUUUUUUUAAUAUAUAAUGUAAGUGAUGUUUUGUGCUAGACUUCAUUGUCCUCUGCAAUUGUGUCUAUGAUGUGUACAGAAUAAGUGUUUAUGCUAAUAAAUGACCUGAGGAAUACUG